AUGUCACAAUUAUUUUGAAACAUUUUUUUAGAAUUGUGAAUUGUUUGUAGUAAAGUACAAAUUGUAAAACACUAAUGUUCUGUAUACACAAAAAAUGAGUGGAGAGUGUUAUUCUGCUAAGAAUUUGUCCACAGAACAUACGUCUAAAAAAGAUGUUGUAGAAAACAAAACAGUGGACAAUAUGAAUUUAGAACAUACUCCAUCACAAUGUGAAGAUAAUCAGCAGCUUCUACGGUACGAAACAAUGGUCUCCUCUGCGGAAAACAAGUGCUCUCAACUGAAAGGACAACUUGAAAGGAUGAGAAUAAUGUACAACAAUCAAAGUGAAGCUGCGAGAAAUUCCACAGCUCGAUCUGCUGACGCUAGCCUAAUGAAACCAGUUGGGAUGCUCGACAUGAAAAACUAUAAUUUUAUGAAAUCGACGAAAAAGGUGCGACAAAACUCGCAGGCAAUUAGGACUGAUCACACCGGCGCUGCAUUAGGUACAAUAAACAAUAUUUUCGCAGGAAUUACAAAACCUAUAGGUUUGAAAGAAUUUAGCCAACCAGAAAUUCACAAAAAAUUGGAUGAAAAAAUUUCUGAGCAAUUAGAGAAUGUGGAAGAUCCACUACAUGGAGUUGAAGAAGUCAAAAUUAAUACAAAAUCGAAGCAAUCAAUUCGUGUUAGAUCCAAGGCAAAAUUUUAUCUCAGAAAAAGCAAACCUAAAGUUGUGUCAAUAACUUCAUCAACUAAUUUAAAGAAAACAAAAAGAACACCCAUCAAACUUUCGAUAGAGAAACGACAUACGAUAGGAAGCGAUAUUCAAGUAAAUGCUCCUAAAACAGGCGUUCCAAUAAUGACAACACGUAGCAGAAAAAUGGUUUUAAAUUCAAAACAUCGAGUACUUGAUUGUGACCCAUCACAAGACACAUACAGUUCCAUUCGUAGGUACACGCCACAACAUGCUGACUUAGUUGAAAUAUAUCACAAUACAGCAGUCAAAGAAACCAAAUCUAGUGACAGCGACAUCCCCAAACAGAGAAAUUCAUCAAAAUCCAAAAAAGCCGAAACGGAUGUUAAUUUAAUCCCACCACUCAAAAUUGAGCGAAAUGAAAAUGAUAAUCAAGAAAUCGUUAGCAGUAGUUAUAAAAAUUACACACAACCAACAAUUUCUUCUAGAAUGAAACAAGCAGCAAAGUACUACAUGAAUUCAUUUAAUAUAAAGACGAUACCAUUCUGUCCUGUCACUUCUACAUCGCCCAGUCACAAUAUUGGCAUUAACAUUCAGCAAGUAAUGAGUAUGGUUAAAAGUAAUCAACCAGUUGGAAGAUUAUCUCCUACACUUGCUUACAACAUUGGUUUAGCGGCAGGCAAACGAGAACAAAAUCAGUUUCCUUUCCUAGUUUCCAGUAUAGCAACAAGGUCUCUCUGUUUACAAUGCCCUUUAAACAGAAGUGCCGUUAAUUAUCAACAGUUGCAAGAAAUAGCAAAAACUAUUCCACAAGAAAUUAUAGAAGAACCAGAAGAAAUUGAAGACAUUCCAUCCCCCGACACACAAUCUCUAAUAAUAACAGGACCAUCUGGUGAUGUUAAAGUAAAGAAUCGUAAACAGACUGUCUGGAGCGCUAAUACAGAUGAAAAACGAUGUACUUGUGUAGUUUCUAAAGGUGUGGGAUUCCAGCAAAUCGUCAACAAGUUUAAUAACACUAUUUCUAAAAACUCCAAGCAAUUUUGCACUGUACCACCAGUAACUUCCGUUGAAAUUAAAGAACAAAAAAUAGAUAAUAGAGGUGGUGGUGAAGAAUCAGAGCCUACUCCACUGCAAAAUAAAGAAAAAAAGUUAAAAGAAGUUUUAGGAAAACUCCACGAAGAAUUUGAAAAAAUGACAUCAACAUAUGACGAGUUAGCGAAAAAAACAGAGAGAGGAAAUGCACAUCCAGAAGUCUUAAAACAAUUGGAAACUUUAGAUAAAGAACUGAAUAGUAAGGAAGAAGAAAUUAUUAUGGUUAUGUCUCUGUAUAAAGAAGUACUAGCUUUAAAACAGCAAGUUAAAACCCUGAAAGAACGUACGAGCAGAGAAAAUGUUUCUAUUAAAUCACAGCAAACAAAAUUCAAUGGAUGCAAAAACAUCGCAACCGCACAACUUUUAAACAAACUCCUCCAACGUGUCCAGCAUUUUCAGACCCAUUAUAAAAAAAAAUAAAAUCUAAAGCUCUUUAUUAAAAUGUCAAUAAUA